AUGGGUAUGGGCGAUAGAAGAAGCUUACGGAUUAACAAGAACAUGGGAGAUUUCGAGAACGUCGACGAUGAUAUGGACCUAAGGAGAGGUCCAUGGACCGUCGACGAAGAUUUCAAGCUCAUGAGUUACAUUUCUACUCAUGGUGAAGGCCGAUGGAACUCUCUCGCUCGUUGCGCCGGACUCAAACGGACCGGAAAAAGCUGCAGACUACGGUGGCUGAACUAUCUCCGGCCAGAUGUCCGCCGUGGAAACAUAACCCUCGAAGAACAACUCUUGAUUCUCGAACUUCACUUCCGUUGGGGCAAUAGAUGGUCUAAGAUUGCACAAUAUUUACCGGGAAGAACAGAUAACGAGAUCAAAAACUAUUGGAGAACACGUGUUCAAAAGCAUGCAAAGCAGCUUAGAUGCGACGUGAACAGUAAACAAUUUAAAGACACCAUGAGGUAUCUUUGGAUGCCUCGGCUCGUUGAGCGCAUCCAAGCCGCCUCCGCUUCACCCUCCACCGGAUCCGUUGCGCCGUCAUCUUGCGUGACCACUCCCUCAGAUCAGUUCGCGAUGACGUCAUAUGAUCAAGGAGUCAACAACACCACCAGCAUGGCCAUGGACCAUUUGGGUUUAGUGAACAUUCCUAGUGGUUACGUCACGCCGGAAAAUUCGAGCGUGGUGGCAGUAUCUCCGGCGUCCGAUUUGACGGAGUAUCAUGUGGGGAGUGAAGUGGGAAAGAUUGAGAACUGUUAUAAUCCGGAUCAGAAUUUGGAGCAGAGUUAUCUUAAUUGGUUUGAAAAUAUUAAUGGUUCGGUACCUUCUUAUUCGGACAGUUUUUGGAACACUGGAAGUGAUGAAGACUUUUGGCUCUUAGAGCAACAACAACAGCAGCAGCUCCUCAGCUAUGGAAGCUUCUGAAUAGAUAAUAAAUUAUUUAUAAAAGAAAAGAUGAAAAUGAAUGGUAAAGUGGAUUAAUUAGUGUGUGUGAAAGGAAUUUGUGUUAAAGGAAAAAGAAAAGCUUCUGUUUGAAAAAGUAGGGUUUGUUAAAAUAUUAUAGCAGCUUUAGAUAUAUAUUGGGGGCGAUUAGGAAAUUGUUAUUUUUGGAGUAAAUUUGAUUGGUUUGUGUGUCCUUUGGGAUUUUGAUAGUAUAUUUAUGUUGAUAAUCAAAUUAAGAACUGAAUAUCUCCUUUUUGUCGUUUGUGAAUUGAUUUAAAAGAUGUUUUGAAAC